AUGUUCUACCGAACAAAAUCGACUUUCGUUCUCCUCGCCUUUGUCUAUUCUGCGGUUCUAUGCGCUCCAGUCGCCGAAUACAACGAGCAAGUAGGCUUCUCGGCGAAUGGUCCUGCAGACAAUUCUGCUACAGUAGGAGCGGAUGCGCACAUACAACCGAAGCCUGUUUUGAACGCGCUACAACAAGCUGCGCGACCUGGGGUAGACGAAUCCGUCAUCAUCGCCGAAGAGGAUCCACGUCCAGCAAGCGUGUCGAACUCCUAUACGCUUGCUACGCCGACGACGUCUGAGGCUGAACAGGCUCAAGUUACUCCGACGGCGGUAACCUCAACCUCAAGCGCGUCUUCUUCUUCGGCUGCUUCAUCCUCGACGUCUAGCCACGCUGAGACGACUUCUUCUGCGCCUGUCUCGACGACACCGUCGGUUCCGAACCCGUCGUUAACCACCAUAGGUCAUCCCCAUCAGACCCCGGUGGUCAUGGGAUACUAUCCAGGCUGGGCGGGCAAUUCAUACCCGCCGGAGAAGAUUGACUUCGACAAAUAUGACUGGAUCGACUUUGCCUUUGCGGAACCAGGAAGUGACCAAGGACUUCAUUGGGAUGAUGACAAACGUUCGACCGAACUUCUAAAGCGACUCACCAAGGCUGCCCACGAGAAAGGAUCGAAAGCGAAACUCAGCAUAGGCGGUUGGUCGGGUAGUAGAUUCUUUUCGUCAGCCGUAAGCGAGGAGCAAACGCGUCAAAGACUUGUGAAUACUAUCGUUCAGGUAUACCACGACGUGGAGUUGGAUGGCGUUGACAUCGACUGGGAGUAUCCAGCUAAGAAAGGCGAAACUGAUAAUGAAGUCAGCGCUACCGAUUCGGCGAACUUUCUCGCGUUCUUGAAACUUUUGAGAAAGACGCUUCCCGCCGAUGCAAAAAUAUCGGCUGCGACCCAAUCGUUCCCGUUCGCCAGUCCGGAAGGCCUGCCCAUGACAAAUGUGACAGAAUUUGCCAACGAGCUUGAUUGGAUAGUGUUGAUGAAUUACGACGUGUGGGGAUCGUCCGCAGAUAAGCCUGGUCCAAACGCGCCAUUCCUUGAUUAUUGCGGGAACUCGACUCAACCGGAAGCGAGUGCACUAGCUGGGUUUACGGCAUGGACUGCAGCAGGAUUCCCUGCUUCGAAAAUCGUGUUGGGAGUUCCAUCAUACGGAUACAUCUCGCGGUCGAAUGCCCAGACACUUCGUCAGCGGUCUCAACACGGACGAAGGCACCACAGCCCCCGGCGAGUGCAAGGCUCCAGGAAGGUCACUCGAGAUGAUGGGCUGGGUGUCGUUCAUGUCGCUAGUGAAGACGGGGGUGACCAAGUUCAGUUCCGUGAUUUAGUCAAGCAGGGGGCUUUGGUUCAAAGCGGCCCAGCCUCUGGAAUCGCUCAUCCUAACUUUGUGGGUGGUGGUGGGUUUCUCAGGCAGUGGGACUGGUGUUCGCAGACGCCUUUCUUGGUUUCUACUCAGGGCCAAGGACAAGUGAUCAGCUACGACGAUCCCGAGUCGUUGAGGAUGAAGUCUGAGUUCGUGAAGCAGACGGGGAUGAUGGGAGUCAAUAUGUUUGACGUUCAUGGCGACAGCGACAAUUUGGAUUUGACGAAGGCGAUCAUCUUGGGGCUGGGGUUGGAUAAAUAG